CUUUGUUCACGGUCUUGACUUUCGCGCUCUGCGCUACAGGUGCUCCCUCUGUCAUCUCAGGCUCUCCUCGCGUCGUCCAUGAAUCUCGCCGGAGUAUACCCCUAGGAUGGGCCCCUGUACGGCGUGCCAACCCCUCCAUGGUUCUACCUCUUCGUUUUGGUCUCGUGCAGCCGAACUUAGAUUACCUAGAGGACUUCGUCAUGAACGUGUCGCACCCCGAGUCGCCUAAUUAUGGCAAGCAUUGGUCGGCCACAAAGAUCGCCCAGACAUUCCGCCCCGCGAAAGAGUCUAUUGAGACUGUGCAUUUAUGGCUUGUCGAGAGCGGCAUCGAUCGGGCCUCCGUGAGGCUCAGCCAGGGCGGCGGGUGGCUUAAGGCAAACAUGACGGUGGAGCAGGCGGAGCGCCUGCUACAAACAGAGUACCAUGUCUACCAGUCUGACGAAGAGGGCGGUGGCCAGCAUAUCGCAUGCUACGAGAAGUACCACCUGCCCGAGCACAUCGCAAAGCAUGUUGAUAUUGUGACGCCCACACUGCAUUUCGAUACGAAGCCGAGGACAAGCGUGCCCCAGAGGGUCGACAUGGAUAAGCGGGAUAGGCCAGUCAAUGCACGAUCAUUAGGCCAGCCUGAAUUGGGCGUCAGCAUCCCCAAGACAGCGGCAACGGUCGAGACUAUUCACAAAGGGAUAGAGAAAUGCGAUGAACAGAUUGUACCCGAUUGUCUUCGUGCUCUUUAUAACUUUGCAUAUACUCCCGUGGCAACUGAGAAGAAUUCCAUUGCAAUCAUCGAGUACAACUCUCAAGCAUACCUUCCCAACGAUCUUGAUCUCUUCUUCGCCAACUUCUCGCCUAGCCAAGUCGGUCAGCGCCCCGUACUGGAUAGCAUCGAUGGCGGCUAUCUCCAAACCAAGGAACAAGAUGAAUCUGUUAACGGAGAGUCAGACUUGGACCUGCAAUAUGCGAUCCCGUCACAUUGUAUGAGGUUGGUAACCCGAACGAAUGUACUUGCUUCAUUCAACAACCUACUCGAUGCACUCGAUGGCUCGUAUUGCACGUUUGAGGGCGGAGAUGACCCUGAAUAUGAUGCGAUGUAUCCUGAUCCGAGCGGGAACGGCUACGAAGGCCCCGAGGAUUGCGGGACCGUCACUCCUGCAUAUGUAAUGUCGACGUCGUACUAUUUCGACGAGGCUCAGUUUACACCAGCCUAUGAGCAGCGACAGUGUGCGGAGUAUGCGAAACUCGGCUUGAUGGGCACAACCGUCCUGUAUGUCUCCGGGGACAACGGUGUUUCUGGCGGCAAUUUUCAAUGCCUUGACUCAGAGCGCCAGUCAUCUAACAACGGCACAAUCUUCAACCCUUCCUUCCCCAGUACAUGCCCCUACGUGACAAGUGUUGGAGCGACGCAGAUCAACCCCGGUGCAUCGGUGUACGAGCCAGAAAGCGCAUGCGAGCAGGUCAUCUAUUCCGGUGGUGGCUUCUCGAACGUUUUCGCUAUGCCAUCCUACCAGAAGACCGCAGUCGAACACUAUCUGUCCAACUACCCCCCGCCGUACUCCUCCGCGAUAUACAACACUUCUGGAACAUCUCGAGCAUACCCUGAUAUUUCCGCUAAUGGAGCGAACUACCUCGUCGCGAUCGACGGCAACUUCACUCUCACGUAUGGCACCUCGUGCUCCUCGCCUGUCUUAGCGGCCUUCUUCUCGGCCAUCAACGAUGCACGUCUAGGAGUAGGGAAGGGCCCUAUUGGGUUUAUCAAUCCGACCAUCUAUAGCUCCGCAUUUGUGGAGGCGUUCAAUGACAUUACAAACGGGAGUAACCCUGGAUGCAACACGAGUGGGUUCUCUGCAGAGCCUGGCUGGGAUCCUGUUACCGGUGUGGGCACGCCUAACUUUCCCAAGCUCCUCGAUCUUUGGCUGGCGCUGCCUUGA